GCGCGCGCCAAUUUCCGGAUCCGUCUUUGGGCGCUUCCGGUCGUAGUGGAGCCGGUUGAGAGGUCUGUAUGCUCAAUUAUCACGAUCCCCCUCUCCCAGGGUAUACUACAAGCCUCCAGAUGUUAGUCUGUGGAAUUCAUCAGAGGAUGAGUCCUCAAUCCUUGCACUGGUAAGCCAGUCUUCCCAACAGCUCUCUCACCAUCCACUGUCCUCAUGUCUACCUUACUUCUCAAUCUGGAUUUUGGCAAACCUCCCCCCAAGAAAGCAUUAGAGGGGAAUGCUAAGCACCGAAAUUUUGUCAAAAAGCGGCGACUUUUGGAACGGAGAGGCAUUCUGAAUAAGAAGAACCAGCCCCCUAACAAGGUGCCUAAGUUGCACUCCGAAGCACCAAAGAAAAAGGAAACUCCUCGAGUGGAUGGAGCUUGGAAGGGCCCUCCCCUUGUGAAAAAAAAGAGGACAGCUACUGCUGGCAGUGGGUCAGAACAGUCCCUGGAUAAGAAAGCUGUGGUGCCUUGGCUGACCCCUGCCCCUUCACAGAAGGCCACUUCUGUUGUGGCUAGAGUAGAUCUGCUAGGAGAAUUCCAGAGUGCCCUUCCAAAGAUAAAGAAGCCCCCAACUCGUUCCAAGAAAAAGGGACCUCAGAAGAAUGUCCCACAGAACUCCACUCAAGCUCCAUCAGAGAGUAAAUGCUCUGGGACAUCCCAGAAGAUACCUACUAAGAUGGUGGCAAUUGACUGCGAGAUGGUAGGCACUGGACCCAAGGGGCAUGUCAGUUCCUUGGCUAGAUGUAGCAUCGUUAACUACAAUGGAGAUGUACUUUAUGAUGAGUAUGUUCGCCCCCCCUGCCACAUUGUGGACUACCGGACCAGGUGGAGUGGUAUUCGGAAGCAGCACAUGGUUAAUGCUACACCCUUCAAGGUUGCUCGGAGCCAGAUCCUGAAGCUACUUACAGGGAAGAUUGUGGUAGGGCACGCCAUCCACAAUGACUUCAAAGCCCUUCAGUACUUUCACCCCAAGUCCCUCACCCGCGACACCUCUCACAUCCCCCUCCUCAACCGUAAGGCUGAGUGCCCAGAGAAUGCCACCAUGUCUCUGAAGCGUCUUACCCAGAAGCUACUGAACCGGGACAUCCAGGUUGGGAAAAGUGGACAUUCCUCUGUAGAAGAUGCUCAGGCCACCAUGGAGCUGUACAAGUUGGUUGAAGUGGAAUGGGAACAGCACCUGGCCCAGAAUCCCCCAGAAAACUAGUGGCUAUGUGGGCACUAGUGAUAUGGGGGGCCAGAAGCAGCACCCAGAAGAAGCAGGACAGUAGACCAACGGAUAGCUUGAGCAGCUCUGUAUUUCGGAAGCCAAAGUUGCUGAGGAGAGAGAGGUUCCACCCCAGACUUAAUAUCCACUGAAAUUUCACUCUGGUGGUGUGUUCUGUGUCUCCUUAAGUGUCCCAGGCGAGGAGGAAGCCUUGGAGACAGACCCCAGCCCCAUGUUGUUUACCUCUUCACUGGUGCUAACCAACAAGUCCCAGGGUGUUUUUGCUCCCGUCCAGUUUUUUACUUCCAGGGGCCAAGGCAUGAUGGGAAAUGUGGUUUCCCAAACCAACUUAUCACUAGGGUGGCCAUAUGUCCCAUUUUAUACCUUUUGUUCUCAAGUAAUUAACAGUACCCUUUCACUCUCAAAAGUAUGUAGGUUGAAUGGUAAAUGAUAGUCCCCUGCGCAUGUGGGUGAGUCUGCACCUAGGCCAUAAGAAUGUCACUGAUCUGCCUUGACCCCAGAUCUGCCCCUGGCGAGCUUUCCUUCUUGGGGUUGCAGUGCAGUGGAGGUAAGAGUGUGAACUUGAAAAUCAAUUUUAGGGAAGCACUGUCUUUCCUAAAGCAAUAGAGAAUUCAUUUAGAUCACACUUUUUAGAUUAAAAAAGAAUUUGAAGUGUUUUUUAUUUCUACUUUGCUAA